CGAGAAUUCAUUGGGCGCGGUGAGCGGUUAGUGUUACCUCGUAUCACGUUCACAGUUUACGGGCCUUUAGUUUUUUUUAUUUUCACAUAAGGCUUACGUCGGGUGUACGCUGUGAUAAUAAAAUUGUUCAUCAUGGAACUAGGAGUCCGACUGGUGGGCGUUAUACUCCGGAUCCUCUAUGUGCUGACAGCCCCGCUGUUCUGGCUUCUAGCGAGAAACACGAAGUCGGUGUCACCCAUCAGGGACCCAAUUUUGCUGAGGAGCGCCACAAAUCUCGUCACCGCUAUACGUAAUGGAGAAUUGACAAGUGAAAAAGUCACUUACGCAUUCAUCGGUCGAAUCCAUGAAGUGAACCUGCAGCUGAACGCCGUCGUUGAUCAGAGAUUCCGUGAGGCUAUGGAGGAGGCUCGGGCUGUGGAUGGAGAGGUAGCAGCCGCCAGGAGCGCGGGAACACUGGACCAGUUGUUCAAGAAUAAACCUCUGCUUGGGAUACCGUUUACUGUAAAAGAGAGCUGUUCGUUGGCAGGACUAUCAAAUGCAGUAGGGUGUGUAGAUUGGGAGGGACGCCGUGCGACCAGCGACGGUGAAGCGGUGGCCCGGAUGAGGAAGGCUGGAGGGAUUCCGUUGCUGGUCUCCAACACACCUGAACUAUGCCUGGGCUGGGAAACCACCAACCUGGUGACAGGGACAACGAACAACCCUUAUUGCAUUGCGAGAACAUCGGGGGGUUCGUCCGGCGGUGAGUCUGCGUUGCUCGGGUGCGGUGCAUCGGUGGCGAGCGUGUCGUCCGACAUCGCGGGAUCCAUCCGCAUCCCGGCGGCUUUCUGCGGUGUGUUCGGACACAAGCCCACCCCAGGUUUGGUGCCAUACGAGGGACACAUACCGACCUUGAGUGACCCCCUGUUUCCUCAGUACCUGUCAGUGGGGCCUCAGUGUCGCUUCGCGGAAGACUUGUCCUUGCUGCUGCGGGUGAUGGCGGGCCCUGGGGCGCUCGAUGAAACGCCGGUCAGCUGUGAUAAACUGCGGGUGUUCUACAAGAUGGAGGCGGGUCACUCGCUGGCUCUGAUCGAGGUGGAGCCCGCUCUCCGUGACGUCAUCGAGCGAGCGGCCCUCUACCUACGGGACGAGUGUGGCGCCGCGCUGUGUCACGAUAACUUCAAAGAGCUUGAGAAUACUGUGGAGAUGUCAGUAUCAAUGUUCUUCUCCAUGCAAGACAUCCCCAACAUGCUGCGGGAUCCAGACAAUCCCAAGCGCGACAAGAGUCUCAUACUAGAGAUCUUCAAGUCAUUGUGUGGCACGUCGUCCCGGUCGCUGCAAGCGCUUGGCUUCACGCUGUUGCACCGCACAGGACUUUUCAUCCAGGACACGAGCCGGUACUGCCGCCUGGCCGAGGAAUUCAAAGAUAGAAUACAGAGAGUGCUGGGCGCGGACGGCGUGCUGCUGUACCCCGUGUUCAGCUCGCGCGCGUACCGCCACGGCCAGGUGUUCACGCGCACGUCGGGCUUCUGCUACAGCAUGUUGUUCAACGUGCUGGGGCUGCCCGCCACCGCCGUGCCCUGCGGCCUGGCGCCCGACGGCCUGCCGCUCUCCAUCCAGGUGAUCGCCGCGCCGCACCAGGAUCGGUUAUGUUUUGCCGUCGCCAAGCAAUUGGAGAAGGCCUUUGGCGGGUGGAACUUCCCGCAGAUGAUCACCUGAGUGGUCUCUCGGCUGUCCACUCAAUAUUACUCCGCUGCUAAACCCCGCGUUCAGUCUGUGUGAGUAACGUUAUGUUUGUGUUGUGUCGCUGUUGACGUUUCCGUUGUGGGCGUGACCAGACUUACCGUUCGGCCUCUUGCAAUAAGCCAAAAAUUAUUUAAGAUGUAUUAUUUGUAAGUUUGUAUGUUCAUUAAUAUAAUUGUUAACCGUUGAGUUAUUGUUCUCAACCAUCAUUGUCUGUUUCUUGGGUAACACAUCCAAUGUUUAAAAGUUUUCACCAAUGUGGUAUAUGUACGGUUAUAAAGUUAGAAGCGUAAAUAUAUGUAUCGGUUUUAUGGAUUUUUUAAGUUUUCAUAUAAUUUCAAAACAAGCAUAUAUCUGUCUACUCUUGUGUACAUAUGAAAGCAUGCAUGCAGAAAUCUGGUAUUUUUACAAAAUAAAGUGACGGUUUUUAAAUAUUUUGAAGGGAAUUUUUGCAACUUAUGGAUUUGUUUUGCCAAGGUUACCUAUAUUGUAUAAUAUUAAGUGUAGUGUAGUUGAAUAGCUAGUCUCAGGUUUAAUUGAUUAUGUUUAAUAUAGUCUUUUAUUUUUAUGUGGUAUAACUAAUAUAAGAAAAUUUAUUGCAAAUAAAGACGGGAAUGAUGUUAUCAUAAUAAAAAAUAAGUUUUAUAGACCCUAAAGAUUAUACACCUUUAUUAUAAGUGUAAGUACGUACUUACAUUAAGGUUUAAUAGGUACUUCCGUGUGAAGAUUUUGUAUAUUUUAUAGAAACCAUAUAAUAGUACAUUACGAUACUGCUGCUACUGCGAACUGCGCAAAGUAGGUCGUUGGAUGACAGGAUGACCUACGUAAGCACGAGUAUCGUAUACUAUUCUUCCUAUUAAGUUUCGUAAAGUUCCACCAAUCUAAUUAUUUUCAAACAUUCCCGCACGCUCAGCAACAUUCCCGCGCGCGUUGUAAACGUGUGGUAAAGUGGUACUUUGCGAACGCAAAUGCAUGCGCAAAAUGAACUUUGCGCACGAUAAUAGGAAAAGUACAGUACCUACCUACGAUAGCAUUUGUCGCUGUGAUAAAUUAUGGGAGAGAGUUCUCGCCCAACAUUGUGAACGGUCGGCCAUAUAGUAUUAAUAUUGGUGUCUCUUUUAUUCAUACGAGAUCUAUAUUAUCUAUUAUACUUUUAAUGGAAGAUAUCUGUCAAUAUUUCGUCGCUUUCUCGGCAACGUUGGGUGUUUAGGACUGUGCCUUUAGGACAUUUAUUCUAGUACAUAUGUAGAUAGGAGGAGGUUGGCAAUUGUUGUGUAUUCUAAACUAACAAGUAGGUGCCAAUACUGCCGUAAAAUGGAGUCUAGUUCCCUGAAUACUGAAGUUUCCAGUUAUUGUAUCAAAUAAAAAAUUAUUUUUCAUAUCAACUGGAAUUAAAUUAGACCAUGUUUUUCUGUAUUAUUUUUAACGGCACGAUAUCAGUGUGUUUUUUUAAAUGUUCAUAAAAUUGUUCUAUUAAUUAUUAUUGUGAUAUAAAAGUGUUGCCAAUUCCGGACUUACAUCAACAUAGGUAGAUACAAUACUUUAAUGGUUGCAUUUUUAUAUCAAAAAUUCAAAUGAAUUCUUUUUAUCAGUAUAAUAUUGUUUGUUUAUUAAUAAUGUAAAUAUUAGUUAAUGUUAGUGAAUAUCAAUAUAGUCUUUCUGGUGUUUUGAUUGUACCACUGUAUUUUGGAAUAUUUGUAUUAAAUAUUGAAAUUAA